AUGGCUCUCCCGCCCGAGCAAAUCAACAUUAAGCGUCGUCGUGAGGAGGAACCCGUGGAGACACUUUAUAUCCAGUCUGCAACACGCCAGACUAAGCGUCGCUUCACGGACUAUGUCUUCGAGCGCGUUACCAUCAACAGCAAAGAUGCCGCUAACGAUGCGAUUGGCCCUCCACCCGGGAAUCCAGCCGCCCAGCGACUAAUCCGCAGCCCUCGCUCCGUGAGCAACCUGCACAUCCCCAACCGCCGCGCAGCGCAGGCGACCAACGCCAAUGGCGUACCCGUAGUACGCGCUACGUCUCCUGGCGCGGAGAUCCGCGAAGCUCAGCGCAUGGCCACUUCCCGGAAGGAAGCCGAGGAGAAGCGUCGGCGUGCCCUGCAGCCUCAAAAUGUACCCCAACCCUCUCCCAGCCCAGGCCCUUCAACAGCGGUGGAGCCAGGGAGAUCAAGCUCCCCAUCCGUGACGCCCUUGUCGAGUCGUGCGCAGUCUCUCCGUCGCUUCCAGAUCUCGCGAUCCAACAGUCCAAGCCUCGGGACCCCUCGUACCAUGGGCGGCGGUAUCCAGAAGCGUCGACCUGACGGUGCAGCUCCAGGUGUAGCUGUUCUUGUCGAGCAACUUCGGCGUCAGCCGCACUCGCGCCAGGCUUCAAUGGUAGCAGGGCUUGUGGAUCGAGCACGGGUCGAGCAAACCAUCGAACAACCCGAGGAGAUCCCCGUUCAACCGCGCAAGCGUCCCGUCGUGAACCAAGCAGAGAGAAAAUGGCGUGCAGAACGUCAGGGUGCUAUCACCGCCGCAAAGCAGCAUCUCUCAGAGGUCAUGGAGAACUCGGCACAGCAGGCGCAUCAUAAUACUUGGGAAGAAGAAUCGGAGCGCCUGGUCAAGGAUUUGGAGCAGUAUGGACUUUACCCCCAGGCCCAGCCCGUGCUUGCGCCUACGCCUAUCUCUCCUCCAAAGCCGAUGAAAUAUCAGCCCCGACCACCGAAACAACCUCGAAGCGUGCCACGAAAACCGACUCCGGAGGCUGAAAUGGAGGGUAUCUUUGGUGGCGCUGCUGCUGCUGCUGCUGCGACUUCGGCCGUGGUCGACGAUAACGAAGAGGACUACGUCUACGACGUGUAUAUCCGCCGUCCACUCUCGGAAAGCGAGAUGCUCACCAACCCGCUCGCAGAACUGGAAUGUGAGCAGCAGCUACAACAACUCGAGGCUGCGAGUCGAGGGAUCGGUGUCAUCGUUAUUACCGCCGAGGACGAGCAGUACUGGGAGCAUUUUGUGGAAGAUGAAGAGGAGGAAUGGGAUAGUGAGGACGCGGAUUCAAAUGCCGAGAAUAAUCCCGCCAACGAAUACCCUGACGAGGAACUCUCUUUCUCUGAUGAAGAGGAUGAUCCAACUGCUAUCUAUCGCAAGUAUAGACAUCGUGCAACCUCUGACGACGAGGAGUUUGAUAUUGAUGACUCGGGUAGUGAGGGUGGUGCGCGGUAUGGGUCUGGCUAUGGAUUUUCGCAGCGUUAUGCUGGGGAUGGGGAUUCGGAUGAGGAUAGUGAUUGA